UUCAGGUCAGCCCACGGCGCUUAUGACGAUGACGCCCUCGAAGACAAGAUCCUCCGGUCUUCCUUGACGUCCCAGAGGUUAGAGGAGUGGCGCCUUUACAAGGCCGAGCAGGAUGAGAAGAUGAAGCAGCUCAUCCAUCAGAAUUCUGAUGCCGUAAAGCAGAUGGCCCAGUUAGAGGAGAGCCUUCGGCAGAUGGAGCUACAAGUGAAGGCAGCUAACCGGGGCAAGGCCGAAGCUGAGAGGUCCGCUGCUGAGCCCAUCAAGAAGGCCGCUGAGGAGGCCGAGGCCACCAAGGCGGAGGCCGUCGCCAAGGCGCGGGAGGAUGCCAUCUGCGGGUUUCUGGAGGAGGGGUGGAAGGCCGAGGGACGCAAUCAGUGGCUGUCCUCGGUUGUGGAGGCGUUCGUUGAUGAGUGGUGUGAGGGCCCUGGUGUGGAGUGGUUGGCCCGAAAGGGCAAAGAAUAUUACGAUGGGGGCGAGUUCUUUACUCAGGCCCUCAUCUACUGGAGGAUGGCCCGGCACUUGAAAAUGGAGCCUAAAGACUUUGAUCCGGCAGCAUACGGCCUUCCUCCCCUGCAGCCAGAUGUUCGUGUGCCCCUUCCCCCAGAUGUUGAGAGGCCAGACUUGGAGGAUUCAGAACUGAUGAAGGAGGCCGAGGGCGAAGGAGAGGCCGGAGGGGACGUCUCCUCGAAGCCAGUCGAAGAGGACGUCGAAGUUGUUUGAUGUGUAACCCGUAUUUGUAUAAUUUUAAACUGUCUUUGUAAUGUGAACAUCUCAUAGCUUUUGGCUUCGGCCUGUAUGUAUCCAACACCUCUCGACAUUACUUCAUGAUUUCUGAAUGGAUGAAUGCCUGCCUUUGG